GUCAGACCCUGACCACGAUGAGCUGCUCAAAAUUCUAAAUGCCCACGGGCAGCAGUUUCUCGGUUCAUUCUCUCUACCCGUCGCGUCUGGAUCAAAGCGGAGGAAUCUGAGGACUCUCCGCGGCCUGCAAAAAUCUCUAAGAAGAUACUAGUGCAAGCUUCUGAGGAUGAGGAUGAAGAGGAGGAGUGGGGUGGCAUAGGUCAGGUCUCGGAGGAUGAGAACGACGAUGAAGACGAGGGAUCUCUACCAAGCGAUUUCGAGCAGGAAGACGAUGAAUUCACAUCCGCUGACCCGAUACCUCCAAGACCGUAGUUUUCUCCGACAUCGCGAAGCCGACACAAUCUUCGCUUCCUUCACUAGCCCAAAAGAAAGCGUUCAUGGUACCGUCAAACUCCACUUGCGUCCGAGUCGAGCUCACCAAAGGAAACAGUCAUCCAAAGUCACUAAACUCAGAGACGAUCAUGUUUCGGCCUCGGCAGCAAGCACUUCCAGAGCCGAAGAUGAGGAGGAGAAAUCUAACAUCCAGAACGACGCUUUGUUGCAUCGUCUCGUCCACACUAAACUUCUAUCCGGGUCCUUGAACCCAGAGUUGAAUCUCACAUCCGCGGAACGCAAAAAGGCGCUGUCGGGUCGCGUGCUCGAGCUCAGCGGGCAAGCCAAGCUUGGCAAGGGCGAGAAAUCGGUGCGGCAGGGUGAGCGGAACAAAGCCUCGAAACGAGUGCGCGAGGGUCUGCUUUCGAAACAAAAGGAGAGACAGGCACAGAAGUUGGAAGAGGCUAAGAACCUCGGCAACUACCACCCGACUCUGAAGAAACUGUUCGAGCCCGAUUCUGAGAACAAGCCGAAGAAGCAUCGGGAACGAGGCAUGAGAAUGGGCGUGGGCACUUUCGGUGGCGGUGUGCUCAAACUCAGCAGGGAAGAUGUCCAUCGAGCCCAAGGUGGAGCGCGGGGUCCUGGUGGACCAAAGAAAAAAGGUCGUCGAUGAAAUACAUACAUGGAGACUCGGCUACUGCAUUCGAACGACCUUCACAACGGUGUGCUAAUUUGCCUCAGAACUCGAGGCGAAGUCCGGAAACGGCCUAGGUACUCACACUGGAAUAUGUCGCCCGCUUUUAUCUAUGAAGACAAUCGCAGGAGGCUCAUCUAUGUGUCUGCGGCUUGUUUCUGUGCGCGAAUGACCGAUGUUGCUCUCCGAACUUACAUUGUGGACCGGCCGCACUUCGAACAACCGCUAUGCAAACCUAGUCUAGAUCCAUCCAUUGGCAUGAAUGACGGGCGUACCGGUCUGCUCUUUUGCCAGAACCUGUGUUGAAAUCUCCGACCCUGUAUGGAUUUAUCACUGAGUCAUAUCGAGCCGGGCUUGCAGAUCCAGAGCUUGAACCUUGUGAUCUCGUUUCCGUUCAUGUCUUGAAAGACCGCCUUGACUCCUGCAGGCACAAUGUAAUAGUAGCCUUCCGUGUUUGGCUGUACGGACUAGGUUGGGUGAGCAAAUGACUAGGAGACCCAGUCUGACUGCCCACCUCGAAGCUGCGAAUGGAAGGAUACCGACUUUUGGCUGGCAGAUGGUGUUCUGGCUCAGUCCGCCGUGAAGGGGUCACGGACACCACUCGGCUCCUAGGGUCGUGCAUGUCGUGAUAUCCAGAGUGCAGCCGUUCGACGGGGCCAUCUUCGCGCAAACUCCGAGUCACUGGCGGAAUGGAUUCUGGCGGAGUAUUCAGUUCGACCAUCGUAGCAUCCCUGCUGCGUGCAACAGAAGGCGGCGAAGGCAGCGGCCGGGAUCUGAUCGGCUGAUGUUGCGGCUGCCAGUCGGGCGCCAACUGCAGAAAGUUGUUAGGUUAACGAAAGCAGUCCGAGCAGUCCGAGCAGUCCGACCUCUGACAAUGGACUGGGCUCUGAUCCGGUUGCAUGGAGACUGUCCACGCUGCUUUUCGCGGACGGUUCGAAAGAUUCCGCACGGGCCGUCUCCCCUUCAUCUGAUCUCCAAGACCGGGGUUUGAUAUGAUAAGAUCCAACUUCUGCCUCAUGUCCGAAGCCAGGGCUUUCGAAUGCGGGGCCGUAAAAAGUAGAUACCGGCACGAGAGGAUAGCUUGUCCCGUCAUGUUCCGCAUGCUACAAGUGUUCAGACUAUCUCUCGUCCGCCAAGACCGGAUGAGAACGAACAAAUGGUGGUUCCGUCAUUUGUGCCACCCGCUGUCGUUUUAAUCGCCUGGUCAUCGUCGGGUGGUCACUCAAAGGAAACGGGACGUCAAUUCCAUGUUCGUUUGGCCCGCGGUUAGUGCGCUGGUGCGAUGAGGUUGGACCUCGUUUCUUGAGGAAGCUGAAGAGAGGCAUUGGAUCCGUGAGGGCUUUCCGCGGUAUUUAGACGUCAGACCACGUUCCGGACACGACUUGUGGGGCCGGUCUGAUACGACCUCUUCUUGAUACACUCGCGACACAUCGACAAAGGUUGUAACAUUACAAAGCCUCGUGGGCUUGCCUCUCAGCCCACUGCAGCUGUCUCACUUGCGAUAUCGCUUGAACAACCUUCGUGAUUGCAUCUGCCACCGAACCAACGGAUGCUGGAUCCGAGUAUCCAGCACUAAGCGACCCCAGUCUGCCCGAAAGUGAUCGCAGUGUGGCUUCCAGACCUUGGGCCGAGUCAUCGAGGGCCAGUGACAGCGACGUGGGAUUCGACUGCGAUGAUCCCCUUAGCCCACAGAACGAUGAGCGGCGAAAUUUCCCACCGUGGUGACUGUGCUCUGCGUCUGCAAAGGUACAGGAAGUCGUUGAGUAGCGGUGCUUCCGCUGGAUGCAGCUACAGGGACCGGGGGCUUCGCAGGUGAUACCUCUGCAAGCGGUGCUUCGGGAACGAGCUGUUCCCGACCAUGCCUAUCGACUUCUGUGACAUAGACGAUCCCGCAGAUAACACACUCCUGCGGCAGACAAUGUAAGAGCGAGAACCUCACUAUGUUGGCGGGAUCGCGGAAAGACCUUUCUGGGAUCCUUUUCUCCACCUGGGCGAGGCGGUCGAACCAACGGCACACCGAAGCAGUUCGAGUUGGGGCAUUCUACGGCAAGCAUCGCCCAGCCCUAGUUAAGGUGAACUACUGAUGCAGAAACUUUCAUUUCGAGCACGCACCUUCAGCAGUCUUUGUCCAAUGGCAGCCGAUGCGGCAUCAGAUUGCUCUCUCCUUCUCCGACUUUCCUCGGUUUCAGGCGGCGGUGCGAAGACUGGAGAGCUGAGGGUACUCGAUACUUCAGUCGGCGGGGUAGACGAGCGCGAAAAAGUUGAAUCGCUCGAGGAACGACUGGUCGCGAUCUGUGCUGUAGGAACAGGCGCUUUCGCACCUAAGACCCAGAAUGGAACUCAGAUUUGAUAUAGAGGACAUUGAGCGCACCGUCAGGCCCUCCGUCGCAUUUCGCGCAAAAGUGGGUGACUGGCGUUCUGCCCGUAGGCGAUCGCAUCAGUGGCACAUUGCAUUCAGAAGACGGGCAUGAGCGAUCGUGCUUUUCUUUUCGUCGGAUCGUGUAUGUAGUCGAGAACUGGUUCCUCGACUGACAGUGGGAGGAAGG